AAUAUAUAUUCUCAACUACAUACGACCCUUGAAAUGGCUAGUUUGUAUUCCUAUGUCGUCAUUAUUGCCUUGGCUUUGCUUGGCAGCUUAGCUACUCCUCCAUUGAACAUCAUUUCCUUAGCCCAUCAUAAUUAUCAUGUAGCUCUCUUUGUGUUUGGAGACUCAAUCUUCGAUCCUGGCAACAAUAACUACAUCAACACUACCACUUAUAGCCAGGCUAAUUUUCCGCCCUAUGGGGAAUCAUUUUUCAAGUACCCAACAGGCAGGUUUUCUGAUGGUCGUCUCAUCCCAGAUUUUAUUGCCGAGUUUGCAGAAUUACCUUUAAUUCCGGCGUAUUUCCAGACCGAGCAACUUGGGCUUAUUAAUGGAGUCAACUUUGCAUCAGCUGGCGCUGGCAGUCUUGUUGAAACCUUUUCUGGUUUUGUGAUUAAUCUUAAAACACAAGUGGAAUAUUUCAAGAAUGUUGCAAAAGAAUUGAAGGGGAAGUUGGGUGAUAAUGAAUCAAACAAACUGCUGUCCAGUGCUGUGUACAUGCUUAGCAUUGGCAGCAAUGACUACUUCAACCCCUUUACCAAAGAUUCCACCAUCUUUCAUUCAUAUACUCAUCACCAAUAUGUUGACAUGGUCAUUCGUAAUUUAACUAAUGUCAUCAAGGAAAUAUACAAGGAAGGAGGGAGAAAAUUUGUCAUUUUUUCUGUGAUACCUUUAGGGUGCACACCAUCUACUAGGGCUCUCAACAUUCAACAAAAAAACACCAGUGGAUGCUUCAAGGAACUCCAAGACUUGGCAAAGAUUCACAAUAAGGCCUUGCUAAAACACCUCACCAUACUAGACAACACAUUACAUGGAUUUAAGUAUUCUUAUUUCGAUUUCUUCACAGCCAUCACUAACAUUAUUCAUCAUCCAUCUAGAUAUGGUUUCAAAGAAGCAAAGACGGCAUGUUGCGGAAGUGGUCCUUAUAGAGGAAUACCAAGCUGUGGUGGGAAAAGGGAGCCAUUGAAAGAAUAUGAGUUAUGCAAAGAUGUUAAAGAUUAUUUGUUUUUUGAUCAUGCUCACCUCACUGAGAAGUCCAGCCACCACUUUGCUACAUUACUUUGGAAUGGAGACCCCAAUCUCACUCGGUCUUACACUGUGAAGUCCUUGUUUCAACAAGUCUAGCUUAUACAGAAUAACUUCAUUUGUAUGCAGAAAU